AUGUUCCUUGAUCAGAUGGCCACGAUGGAAUACCCCAAACUUUACGUUGUCUUCGAAAGCCCUCGCUACGGGAACUAUUACCACUGGGCUCUGCAAAUCGAGAACGGGGAAGAAUCAAUUAUUUUCGAAGUCGAGGGAGAACAUCCACAAUUCGUACGAAAAGUUCUUGAAACCAAGGCCGAGGAGUCUGGUAGUUUCCUGGGAAAGGAAUACGUCGGGGUCAUCAGCAAACCCGACAUCCAGAGAGUGAAAGACGUCGCGUCAUCUAUUCAUGUGGACAAUGAGACCGUGGAAUGGGACUGCCAGGACUACGUGCUUGAGAUUCUUGACAAGCUGGAGGAGGAUUAUAUCCUGGAUGAGAAUGAUGAGGAUUACCGUGAUGCUCGAGCUAUUUUGAAGGACAAGAGAGGCUCAAUGGCCUGA